CCCCGCCACAGAGAGGAAAUACAAGCUGGCAGUGUUUACUUGUCACCUGAAGAAACAGCUGUUGACACAAAUCUUGUUGUUGUUGCGUUAAUUCGCGCCCAUAUACUCUCUUCCAGCCUCUGUAUGGCCUCUUGAUACCCACCUCAACGAGUAAUACACAGCAGGACCCUCAAAAGCGCCAGUAUGGAGCCUGUGAUGGUGCUGACGCUCCUGUCCUUUGCCAUGUUGGUGGGAUGUUACACUGCUGGCUCCAUACCUCUCGUUAUGACCAUGUCAGAGGACCGCAUGGAGGUGGUGACGGUGCUAGGAGCAGGUUUACUAGUAGGAACAGCAUUGUCAGUUAUUAUACCAGAAGGCGUUAAUGCUUUAUUCAGCAUACACACAAGUCACAAAGUAAGCCCAAGUGAAGCACACACUGACACUACACAAGAGGAGAUAAGUCAUGUGGAGCUGCACAACCUGGUUGGUCCCCCGCUUGUCCUUGGCUUCCUUCUUAUGCUCUUAAUUGACCAGUGUGCAGGAGGACAUCGUAAGCCAGCUGAUCCAGAGAACAAUGGCAGCAAUAGUAGAAGCCAAAGGUCUUUAACAGCGACGCUUGGUCUUGUAGUACAUGCAGCAGCUGAUGGUAUUGCCCUGGGAGCAGCUGCAGCCUCUUCACACACAGAUGUUGAGGUGAUUGUCUUCUUUGCAAUAAUGCUCCAUAAGGCCCCUGCUGCAUUUGGACUUGUCACCUUCUUGAUGCAUGAGGGUCUGGAUAGAAAUAAAAUUCGGCGCCAUCUCAUGAUUUUUGCCCUCGCUGCUCCAGUUGGUGCUGUGAUUACAUACUCUACUAUUGUCCAGAGUGGCACAGAGAGUUUAUCCUCAUCUCAUAGUACAGGUGUUGCAAUGCUCUUUAGUGCUGGCACCUUCCUUUAUGUAUCCACUGUUCAUGUGCUGCCAGAACUGACGAGCCACAGCCACGAUGGAGGAGGCAACGGACAGUUCUCCCACAAGCAAUUAUUUGCCCUUGUUUGUGGUUCUCUCUUACCACUUCUUCUUACAUUUGGGCAUCAUCAUUAGUUAAAAAUGAUGGAUAAAUAUUAGGUUGUGGCUGCUGCCAUAUCAUACAGUAAUGUUGUGUUUAGCAAUUAUCAGCUAAACUAUCUUUCUUGUGAUAAAAUACAGUUGUUUUGAUAUAUUUUCCAUUUGGAAAUGUAGCAUCGGGCAUUUUUUAAUGCUGUUUAUGUACAGCCAAAAUACCUAGGAAUGUAAAUGUCUCUGCUAUUUACUUGCUGGGUCUGAGUGACCUAUAGUUUCAAAUUAUUUUUGAUCUCUCUAAGGUUUCAUUUCUCUGGGAAAUCUGUUUACUUACUGUCCAAGCACUGGUUUAGUGUAAGUUCACUGAUAAGCAUCUGGUGUAGUCAGUGUAGACUUUAAUGCAAGUCUUUUUAUGCAGUUCCUCUUUGAAUAAAAUUGUGGUUACCCAAACCUUUUUUUAAUUAUUGUAUAUUAGUAAUUCUUACAAUACAUGAAGCCAUGCAUUUAUCAAGUUGUUAUAGUUUCUUGCUAUGGGUAAUCAUAAAUUUAAUUCAUUAGGUCUUAGUCAGUAGAAGUAUCGACGCAGAUCAUAGUUGUGCAUAAAUUACCAAGCCAGUCUGUGUAUUGUGGUUGUGCAGAGGUUAGCCAUUAUAUAUGCAGUUUAAUUGUAUAAUACAUAUAUACUUAAAUUAUAAAUUUGUGUUCUUCAAAAUCAUAUAUAAUUUAAAUUUGUUGUCUAUAUGUACUUUCUGUAUGUUUGUAUGCAUUGCUCUUCUUGGGAUUUUUAUGCAUCUUAUUUAUUUUAUAAGUUGUAUGUAUGAAGAUCACUGUCUUAGCUUCUGGCAUCAUUAGAUAAUCUUUGACUUGAAGAAUUAAGUCCAGUUAAAUAAAACCUCUUAUUGUUUUCAAGACUGGCUCUGUGAUUUUGACAUCUGAUUAUCUUCACGAUGUAAUCGAUAUUGUUUUGGAUUAUGUUUUUAUGCAGAAUGUGAUACACUGUUCACAACUAUCCCACAAUUUAAAAGAGAAUCUUUAGACGACAUUUUGGUUUGCUUUGGACCAUUAUUGAUAUGCAUGUUAGUUGUGAAUGGUUCCAUUAAUGGUAUUGUGACUUGUUUUUCUAUAUGAUAAUUUAUACAACAUUAUUCUUAGAAAUCAUCAUUAGGAAUUUUAAUCUUAUGAGGAUGGAUGUUGUAUUAUGUUAGUCUAGUAUAAAUUAUAUGCUUUUAUAAUAGUCUCUCCUUACUUAACGACGUACUUGUUCAACGACCGUUUGGACUUAUGACCAACUCUCUGACCAGUGUGCGCACCUAAGUAAUGUAUAUCAGAGCUGAUUUCCUCCAAUCUGUUUAUUACAAUAUACAGUACUCUACUGUAUAAACAUUUAAAAAUGUACUAUAAAUGUUAUAAAUGGUGCAAAGGUGACAUUAAAACAAUAUCAAAGAUGGGUGACACAAACCCACUACCAAUAUAGUAUGCUCCUUGCUCAAUGACCAGUUCGUUUACUGACCUACUCUUAGGAAUGAAACUCCGUUGUUAAGUGAGGAGAGGCUAUAAUGAGUUUGUCAUAAUUUUUUGUAGUUUUAUAUUGUGUCUACUUUGUCUGCUGCUCUUUCAAACAACACACUCAUAUUUGUAAAUGUGUUUCUGUACAUUGUAUGCCUUCUUAUGUUAUACAACAGGUUAAUUAGGCAAAAUCUCUCUAUGCACAAUGAAAGUGGCACAUUUCUGGAGGCUGCCGUCAGUACUUCCUCCUCACAAGUGUGCAUACACCAACCUGCUGCUCAUUUGAUUCAUCUUCAUGCCUUUCUGACUGAUUAUAUUUUGUAUUGGCUUUUCAUUCAUAUGCUCCACUCUAGCUCAGUUUGCUUUGCAUUAUCUGCUAUUUAGCAAUGUUCCCAUUCUCAGCAAAUUUUAGGGGUCCUCACAUCCAUUUUUUUUUUAUGGACCAAUACAUGACUAAUCUACAGCAAUGUGAGUGGUAAUGUUUCUUUAAUACAAAUCUUGCUUCAUGGUUAGCUAAUUUGUGUUACUCUUUAUAAGCUGGCUUUUUGCAGUUCCACUUGAUAUUUUAAAUCUUACUGUUUUCAUAUCCUUUUUCUCUAUUCAAACACGCUCAUUUUUUAAUGAAAUAUGUUCUUGUAUACAGUUAAGUACAAUACUGUACUUAUAAUUAUUUUGUGAUUUUUUUUAGAUUAUACCUUGUUUUGUUUCAAAUAUUAUUUGUGACAUUAUAUAAUUCAUGUAUUGUCUGAUUUUAAACUUUCACUUACUCCCAUCCAAUAUUUUGUGAUUAACCAAACCAUUACAACUGCCCCAAGGGUGCUUGUACAAGCGCACCAUAACCAGAUGAUGCAACCUGCCUUACUGCAGCUUCAGUAUCACUGUCAUGCAGUUGUUCUUCUCUUGUAAGUGCACUCUACUAUCUAAUGAGCCACUCGUUUUCUUAACUUUUUGUACAUCAUAGUUCAAAUACCUUUCUUGUCAAUACUUUAUAAACACUUUUUUAUAUUUUCCAUAAUUGUUUCCAUUAACCUUAUCAGGUUCCUAAUCUUAGCUACACAGUUUUUUACUGCAUUUCUGAAUUUGUUGGUUUUAUAUUGGCAUAUGUUGGCUAUUACCAGUAACUUACUUGAAAAGUUGUUAUAAGAUUAAUAGUCCACAUCAUAAUGUGAUGUUGACUAUUACUUUUUGUACUUGUAAAUAAAUAUGGAAUCAUUAUUUUGUAAACAUUCAUUAAUGUAGAUAAGAGCAUUACACAACUACAUUCUUUCUUUCUUUCUUUAGUUUAAGUUUAAUACCUUUAUUAUUAUCCCUAUACCCAUCUUGUGGGCAGUAGUCAAAAUAACAGUUUUACACAUAAAUAAUAGCCCACAGAGAGAGGCUGUUCUGUAUCACUUUAAAUAGUGUUUUAUCCUCAUGAAUUUUGACAUUCAUGAGAAAGAAUAUGUAAAGAUGGGAGAUCCGAUUAGCAUUUUUAGUGAAAUUAUAAGGUUGGUUUUCUGUUGUAUAGAUUUUCUAUAAUAUGGACUCCCAAGCACAUCUUGGUUCAAAUUCAAGAGCUUACUUUAAUAACAUUUUUUCCAUUUUAUAGUAGUCAUUUUAUGGAGAAUUAUGUUAUGUUAAAAAAUUCAAGUAUCAAACUCAACAGUGUUGAUAUAAAUGAUAUUUUAGGUGUUUAAAUGAUCAGCAUUUGUUACUUAACCCUUUCACUGUCAGGACCCUGAAAAUUAAACGUUGGGAUUUUAAAAAAAUAAUAAUAUUUCUUCUCAGAUGGUAGAGAAGCUAAUAACACCAAAAAAAGUACAAAAUAUGAUGGAAAACUUAUGGAAUUAGGUAGGCACAUAGCUGGUGGUCUAGGCGCAUUUUACACAGCAGCGAUUUCACACACUUUGAGUCUUAUUUUAAAUAAAUUCCAUUGCUCAAUUCAACCAGAUGCUUAGCUAAUUCACAAAUUUUCCUUCUGUUCUAUUGAAUGAGCACAAGAAACUAUCAGAACUACCCAUAAAAAGUUCACACAAGUUGGUAAUUUGGCCAACCUUACACAAAAUUCAACAGAAUACAAUUUAAAAACAGAAUCCAAAAUAAACACUGAAUGCAUUCCAGCAACUAAAGCAGCCUUUCCUCAGUUCAUUAAUGACAUCCUCAGGCCUCUCCUAUUGUACACUUGCCCUCCAUUUUGAAUCCAUCAUCACACAAAAAAAAAAUCAAAGUACUCCUUAUUUCUUGGAUUAUAAAAUAUAACCAGGAAUGUUUGGUCAUGGUGUAGGGCAUCUCAGUAAUUGAAGCAGACCUAGUGAAUACCCAUAAAACAGACUAGGGGUGGUGGAGGGUUCUUUACCCUUCCUCAAAAAACUUGAAAAUUUUAAUAUUUCUGUUACUUUGAACCCUAUUUCAAGCUAAUUCUGGUCCUGAAACCAGUUAAAAUCAUCUGUUUCAUUCUAUCAAUUGAUACCAAGAAAUAGCAAAUAAAACCAUAAAAACCACCCUAGAAAAUGCCUCGGUCACUAUUUUAAACCAAACCCAAGAACCUAUUGUGCUCCGUGUUUGGCAGUAUUUUUUUUUAUACUGGGCACACUCACCACACAGACCCAUUUUCUCAUGUCUAAGCCAAAAUUUACCACUCACACUACAUAAAUUGUAGGUCUAGGUGAGAGAGACUGGCAUCAUUAACAUAGAUAUACAUAAGAGACAACGAAAGGGUUAAAGAAUUGUUGUGUAUGAGAGUUGUCAAAGAUAUGUUUCAAUGUUUGCACUGACAAAACCAGUAGCAACAGUUAGUAGUAAGGUACCUUUUAGACAAAAAAUCACUUAUUUCAUUGGGUGACAUUGGAGAAAAUCAUUUACUUUAACAUAAGUUGUCUGUGGCAUGUGUUUUCUUCCCUGAUAGGGUUGGGUGCUGCUGCUGCUGAAGGGAGAAAAUUCCCUUUAGAAUAUAGCUUAACAAUGUCAUUAUGUGUGACUGAAAGUUCAUAUUGGGCAUUAAAAUGUCAGGAUCUAAACUAUAGCACAAGUAAUUAAGUAGUAGUUUCAACUAGUGCAAGAGCUGAUGAGUUUGUUAAAGUAGGAGCACAAAUUAGUUAUGAAUGAGCAAAUAAAUUAUUGUGUGGGCAAAAUAGAACGCGAAUUUAUUUUCUCAUUCUUAGGCUCUCCUGAUUUUUUUUGUAAAUGAUGUUUUUAAUACAUACUGUUUUCCAUCAAGGUAGUGUGACCCAAAGAUGGAAAACACAUUCACAGUCACAUUCCCCUAGCUAGAAAGAUAGCUAGGAAAAAACAAUAGUGAAUAUGUUUUCCUUAUUUGAGUUACAAUACCUGUAUGGAAAAUGGCCAAUGUGUUAAAUUUAUAUAUUUGUUCUUGAACUCAGAUUAAGUUGUAAUAAACAACUGUCUAUGAAUAAAUGAAAAGAUGGUCGGGGAGCACAAACCGCUGUUUGUAAAUUGACAGUCUGACGUUCAACCAGCUUCACCACCGGGCUUAAAGAGGAAAGAAUCAGAACUAGUGCUUACUGUAUUAUAAUUCAUCAGAGGACCCAUUUGUAACCCAGCUGUCAAUUUACAGACAGUGGUUUGUGCCUCAACUCCAUCUUUCUAUUUAUUCAUAAAUGUUUUUAUUUAUG